GUUCGCACCAGCACGGCCACUAUAACUGUUCCACCACCACCACCACCACCACCAGCAGCACCCCCACGUCCUUCUACCCCCCGAAUGAACGCGACACAACACAGACAUCCCGCGUUAUGCAGUCUUUGAGUUGCGGCUCGUGUGCCCGUGCCAGUGUUAGUCAGUGAAAAACGAUCCAGAAAACGCUUUCGCCUUUUCGCCGCGACGGAACUUCCAAAACUUCCGCACAACUUUUUAGCGCGACAUUCGAAUUUUGUUGCAACUAUUGGAAAAGUGCGUAAAUUCAACCCGAGACUUGAUAUGUUGACUAUGUCAACACUUUUGAUGCCUGCAUCGACGAUUCCUGUCGGUAUGUCUGCCCCUGGUCUUUUACCGGUACCUAAGAUGGAAGCUAUCCGAAUUAAUCAUUCACCUAAUUCUAACACUUCUUUAACUCCCACGUCUGUUUCGUCAUCAAAAUCAGAGCACCAUCACAUUUUCGUCGGAGAUUUGAGCCCUGAAGUUGAAACUCAGACCCUCAGGGAUGCUUUUGCUGCGUUUGGAGAAAUAUCAGACUGCCGCGUUGUUAGGGACCCACAGACAUUAAAAUCAAAAGGAUAUGGAUUUGUUUCGUUUAUCAAAAAGGGCGAAGCAGAAAGUGCAAUAGCUGGAAUGAAUGGCCAAUGGCUAGGUAAUCGGAGUAUUAGAACCAAUUGGGCAACUAGAAAACCUCCUACUGCUAAAAACGAAGCAAAACCGCUUACUUUUGACGAGGUUUAUAAUCAAAGCAGCCCAACCAACUGCACAGUUUACUGCGGAGGAAUCACGAACGGUUUAACUGAAGAAUUAAUGCAAAAAACCUUUGCCCCAUUUGGAACCAUCCAAGAAAUCCGAGUAUUCAAGGAGAAAGGUUACGCCUUCGUUAGAUUUUCCACUAAAGAAUCAGCCACUCAUGCCAUUGUCGCCGUACAUAACACCGAAAUCAAUGGACAGAUCGUCAAAUGCUCUUGGGGGAAGGAAUCUGGAGAUCCUAAUAAUGUUCCAGUUGCAAGCCAGGCUAUAACUGGAACAACUUUCCCAUAUGGAACAUAUGGACAGCAGCUCGGAUACUGGUAUCCCCAAAGCUAUCCUGCUGCCAGUACAUCUCAAAUGCCCACAGGACAAUUCAUCGGAGGGAUGCAAGGGUAUGCUUAUGGCCCUAUUGGUGGAUAUCAAUCACCUUCUUAUGCGAUGGGAAUGGGUCUGCAGGUGCCAGCUGCCGCCACAUCCUGGCAAAGCAUUCCAGCACCAUCUCAAAUUCCAGCUACUCCACAACAAAUUGCCACGCCCACUACUACAUUGCAGCAGCCGGGAAUUGUGUUUCCCAUUCAGCAGUAUCAAGCCCAAUGAAAUCUAGAUUCAUAUAUGUAAAGAAAAAAAAGAGAAUUUUUUCGAAAAAAAUCUAAAUGUUAACCAAUUUGUAUUCUGUGCCAAAUUGUGGUAUCUUUUACACUGUCUCUAACAGAGGAAAUAUUCGGGGACUAAAGGUUCAUUUGGAACCUCGAUGAUCACGGUAGAAUUUGUAAAUCGGCAUUUAGAAAUUCUACUAUUAAAGCAACAAUAUUUUUAAUACCUUUAGUAUGUAUUCACAUCCCUUGUUACCAAGCAAUGCAGGAGAUAGUGCUCUAAACCCCCUUAUAGAUAAAGCUAUCGAAGUAUGAAAGAAUUUUUUCUGCGAGAUUGUUGCUACAUGUAGAAAAGUCUGCUAAAUUAUAUAAUUUUUUUUUGGCAAAAUUAACUGAAAUAUUAUUAAUAAAGCAAUCACAUCCUCACAAGUUAUGCAUACAAUUUCAUAAACGAGCAAGUUUUUCUUGCCUAGCAGUCUUAUAUUAAAAAAAAUUUGUAGGGGUGUCAUAAUACAGAUUCUAGCAAAUAAAAUCAAUAUUGUUGAAUGAAAAAAUAAUUCAUAGAAAGCAGAACUUUAUUACAUGUUAAGCUAGUAAACCACAUGCUUAGCCAAAUUAGUUUGUUCUAUACACAAAAUAAUAAAACUGAAUGAAAUAGUAAAUUUUUUAACAGUUGGCAGAAGAUACCGAAUGGUUGACACCACUGCUAGUGUGAAUGAAAAAAAGCGAUGGCAAUAUAUCGAGGAGUAUCAAAAAAUACAUGUUACCUUUAGCCCCCCUCAGAUUUCCAGUUUCCCAUUAACUACCCUCUAUCCUAUUUCAAGUCAAAUUGGUGUUAAUCCCCCCACUCCCCACAUUCCAAUCCCUUAAAUCUUGAUGUAACCAAAUUUUACAAGUGAUACUGUAGGGUUGAUUUUUAAAUGUACAAAAAAAAAUACAAUUAGUGUAAAUGUGAAGUAGAUAGGAUAAAUAAAUAUUAUUUAUAUAUUAAAAUAUAUUUAUAUGUUCUCCUUUGAAGCGAUAGUCUAGCUGUAUAGAUAACCGCAGGGCUAUUUUGACAUGGUCUUUGUAACUAGGUUAAGCAACCCCCUCCCCAAAAAAAAAAUAAAUAAAAAAAUCCGUGUACAGUUAUUUAUUUAAAAAUUGUAUAUAAACCCAAAAAUAUUGAUUGGCGCAACUAUUCAAAUUUCACUGUAAGUGUGAAGAACGCGGGAAAUUUAAAACAAGUAGGUAAAGGUAAGGUAUUCGUGAUAUUUAAGCACUAUGUAUUAAUUUAUUUGGAAACGGGCAAUUUUUUAUACCAUUUAAUUAAAAAUUAGGAAUAUCAUUGUCAAGGCAUUUUAGGAAUUUUUAGGUGAAUGAUGAUCUGAAUUUUAAUUAAAUACAUGGAUGUUGGAUCUCUCUGAAAGAAAUUAUGAAUAUUUGCAAAGAAACCGAAAAUACAAAAAAUAUAAUCCAAGAAAUAAAUCAAUAUGUUUUAUUCAAUAUCAAGUGGUCAUUUGUUUAACACUCAUUCUUUUAAAUGGCAUUUUAACGAGCUGAAAAGUUUCUAUAAUAUAACCGAUUUUAUAUCUCUAUUGCUAUAAUUAAUCAGUUUAGGAAACAAAUUUAACCUAAAACGGUUAACAAGUACUAAAUUUAUUUCAACGGCAAUAUUUAAUUGAGAAUUCGUGACCUUCAUCUAUCCGUAAAAUAUUGUAUAAAUUGAAACGAAUAAAUAAUGAAUAAUAAAAUGACACUUAAUUGGCACGAAAAAAUACAAUAAUAAAGAUGCUCUUACCUUCAUUAAAUGAAUAAAUUAUACAGAACCUUACUGAAGGUCCUAAUUACUUAAAAAUAAUGAGCUCAUGCUUAAUUCCAUGUAUUUAAUUUAACUUUGUAAUGUUUGUUGAUCAUGUAACUAACAUCAACCGAACGUGCAAUAUAAACUGAAUUAAAACUAUUACGUUUUGUUUGCAAAUGAUUAAAUAUAACGUUAUCAUGUUAUGAUCUUGAACAACAAUUAAAACAAUCAAAAAGGGUACGUUGGUUUAUUAGUAAAGUUUCCUUGGGUACAUAUCUUUGUGAUCGGAGUUUUGUUGAACUAAAUGAAAAUUGUAAAACUUUCAAAACCGUUUUAGAGAUAACGUUAAAAAUGAAUUUUUUCUUAAGACAAUCUUUAAAGUAUAGUUAUCUCUAAAGAGGUUUUACCCUCCAAGGGUGAUACUUUAUUAUUAUUAAGCAGUUUGACGUUGGCUUGCGUAGUUUAUAUUAUGUCAGCGGCUGGCUUAUGUAUGUACGCGGCUAUUAUAGUUCAUUCAAGCUGCUUAGUAACUGUAUAAACAGUUUAGUUAGAUAAAUAUAAAUUAUUUUCCCAUUUUAACAAUAGCUGUCGGGUACUUAAGUUGGCCUAGGGGCCACUUGGGUGCAGGCCACAAAUAUCUUUUAUAAAUGGGAUACAUGUUAGCUCUUGAAACAAAAAAAAAACGUAUUUGCACGCUUACCCAAAUAGCACCAUUAUAUAUGAUUGUAUAAAUGUUAAGUGUAAAAUCACUAAAUCAAAAUAAAAAAAAUUAC